UUUUCUUAGAACGAAAACCACAAGCUCUAGGACUUUUGGUUUCCGAGAAGUAGAGGGAAGCAGGAUGGUGACGGCGGUGAAAAGGGAAAGCCAGAGGAGGUUGACGCCAGAAAACUGGAGGGAGUUUCGGGAUUCAAUCAGUUCUGGCGAUACAGUGAUUUUAUGUGGAUUCCCAGCGCGCAAUAGAAGAGGCCGAGCGCAGUUGUGAGCGGGGUGGAUCAGAGAGUGAGAAGGGAGCAGAGACGAAGGGAAGAGAUUGAAAGUAGUUGGCCCAAAUUUUAGGUUUGGUUUGCUCUUGUUUAUAUAGCAAGGCUAGUUAUAGGCUAGCUGCAAUGGAUAAAGACACAGUUCUCCAACAGCAAAGGAAACGAACUAUGGAAGCACUUGAGCGAAGGUUUGCUUCGGCCAAAGUUGAGGUUCUUCAACAACAGAAGAAGCAAAACACGUCAGUUGGAAGAACAGAAACUGAUUCUGGGAAUGCUUCUACCACUUCAAACCAUCUAAUAGAUCCUUCAGCUAACCCACCCUCCAAUAUGUCAUUCAAGAAAGAUGCCGAAGAAAAUCAUCCUGCAUAUUCACAGCUUUCUCAACCUAUGAAUGAUAAUCUGCUGACAACCAACACCAAGAGUCUCCUUGGCAUCAAGCAGCUCUCUAGUAGAAAAGGAACCAUAGUUGAUAAAAUUCUGCAUGAUCUCCUUCAAAGCGGUGAUUCAGCUCAAAGGUACAUGCAGGGAUCCAAAAGCUCGAAAAUUGACAAUUGGAUUCUUCUUGAUAAUUUUGUACAAGGACGUGGUAUUUCUACUGGCUCCCGAAUGAGGGCUUUGCAGAGCCAUUCAAAGCGGUCUAAAAAGCACAUGUCCAUGAGGCAACUUAAGAAGUCAUGUGCUUUUGAUUUGCCGAAAGAUUUCCAGAAGUUUAAUAAGUUCGAGCUAAUGCAUGAUAUGUGGAAAAGUUAUGUAGCACAACUUCUGAAAGCUGCUGGGAAAAAUCAAUUAUCUCUGUCUCUCCUUAACGCAGAUCUACAUGGUGCUAUGAUUCUAGGUCUAAGUAUAUUCUUUCUACAUUAUGAUUCCAUCUGAAACUUUUUAUCAUUCCAUGCUUGUUUCUGAGUAAACAGCUCAAAUGAA